GAUCACCUCAUCUAGGAGACUUUGGGGUACACUCACUGGAGGAUCCCCCCAUCGGGGGUUGUCAGGAAGGAGAACCUCUUAGUCAGGCACAGAAGGAAAGUUGCGGACCCUGAAGGAUGGGGGCCACGGAUACGUCCGCCAUUGAACAGGGGGAGGAACAACGAUUGAUGGUGCGCAAAGACAUCUUCCGGCCGUGGCCCAAAACGCGGCGCGUGAUGAAAGCCUGCUUGCUGGCCAUCAAAGGGGUCCUGUUCCGCGUGGGAGAUGACUGGUACUUCCUCUUCGCUCUGGGGGUCAUCAUGGCCCUCAUCAGCUUCACCAUGGACUUCACCGUCUCCAGGAUGCUGAAUGUUCACCGCUGGCUGCAGCAGGAAUUGGGGGGCCACACGCUGCUCCGCUACCUCUCCUGGGUGGUCUACCCCGUUGCCUUGGUGUCUUUCUCCACUGGAUUUGCUCAGAGCAUAACGCCUCACUCCGGGGGCUCUGGAAUCCCAGAACUGAAGACCAUCCUCACCGGGGUCAUCCUGGAGGAGUAUCUGACCAUAAAGAACUUCGGAGCCAAGGUGGUGGGUCUGACCUGCACCCUGUCCGCGGGCAGCACCAUGUUCCUGGGCAAAGUGGGUCCCUUUGUCCAUCUGUCCAGCAUGAUUGCCGCGUACUUGGGUAGAAUGAGGUCCUCGGUCACUGGAGACUAUGAGAAUAAAAGUAAGGAGCACGAGAUGCUGGUGGCGGCUGCGGCGGUGGGCGUGUCUACGGUGUUUGGAGCUCCGAUAAGCGGCGUUCUCUUCAGCGUGGAAGUGAUGUCAUCGCAUUUUGCUGUUAGAAAUUAUUGGCGUGGGUUCUUCGCUGCGAGCUGUGGGGCUUUUAUGUUCCGGCUUUUGGCUGUCUUCAACAGUGAACAGGAGACAAUUUUGGCCAUCUUCAAGACCAGCUUCAAGAUCACGUUUCCCUUUGACCUCCCGGAGAUGUUCUUCUAUGGGAUUUUGGGGGUGAUCUGCGGGACGGUGAGCUGCGCCUACCUCUUCUGCCAGCGCUGGCUCCUCGGCUACGUCAGGCGGAAUCGUUUCAGCUCCUGGCUGCUGGCGUCAGAGAAACCCAUGUACUCCGCCUUGGUGGCCGUACUGGUGUCCACCAUCACAUUCCCGGAGUUCGGUGGGCAGUUCCUGGCUUCCAGGCUCACCAUGAAGGAACUCCUCGUCUCGCUCUUUGACAAUCGCACGUGGUGGACGCUUUCCCAGAAUGCCUCGGUGGAGCAGCCCGCGGGGGUGGACCCCAACAACCUCUGGCUGGAGUGGGCGAACCCCCAAUUCACCAUCUUCGGGACACUGGCCUUCUUCAUCGUCAUGAAGUUUUGGAUGUUUAUAUUGGCCACCACGCUGCCCAUGCCCGCCGGGUACUUCAUGCCGGUCUUCAUAUAUGGGGCCGCUAUCGGGCGCUUCGUGGGAGAAAUCAUAGCGUACAUCUUCCCAGGAGGCAUCACGUCAGACGGAGUGACCAAUCCCAUCAUCCCCGGGGGAUACGCACUGGCGGGGGCGGCGGCUUACUCCGGAGCGGUGACGCACAGCCUCUCCACGGCGUUGCUUGCGUUCGAAGCCACCGGUCAGAUAGCGCACAUCCUCCCGGUGAUCCUCUCCGUUCUGGUGGCCAACGCCAUCGCCCAGAAAUUCCAGCCGUCCUUCUACGAUGGAACCAUCAUUGUGAAGAAACUUCCGUACCUCCCCCGGAUCCGCAGUCGCCAGAUCCACUCCUACAAGGUGAACACCCAGGAGUUCAUGAAGACGGAUCUCGAGGUGUUGGCGAAGGACGCCAGCUUCGAAGAUGUCCUCCGGGUCGUAACAUCUUCUGAAUACUUGGAGUAUCCCGUGGUAGACAACGCAGAGUCCCGGAUCCUGGCAGGAACCGUGAGGCGCUCUCAGCUGAUCCGAUUCCUGGAGUCGCCCGAGUCCCAGCAGGAGCCCCCCACCCCCGAUCACAAGGUCUCAAGCGGCAGCACGUUGGGGGAGGGGUGCACCAUUGAUCCCGUCACUUUCCAGCUCUCCGCCUGGACUUCCCUGCAUGAGGCCCAUCACCUCUUCGAGCUGCUCAGCCUCCAGCAUGCAUUUGUCACCGAAUACGGAAAGGUUGUCGGCUGUGUCACCCGGAAGGAGAUGGGAAAAGCCAUCGAAGAUCUCGCCAACCCCAAAUAAUUCCGCCAUCUUGCUCAGCGCCACCCGGAGGAGGACUUUGUGUCAAAUCAUCAAAUAUCAUUCGUAACAAUAUCCAUACAUUUCUAAAUCCAGGGAAAUAAUUCUUCUGCGUCAGCCGACGCCCAGGAGGUGCCGCUCUUCAUAUGGCGGGUGGGGGUGUGUAGGGGGGCGGGGUUCUGUUUGUCCAGCGUUCUAUAGCAAGGAACAUCCACAAUAAUAAUUAGUGAGUGCUGUAAAUUGCCUCCAGCAUUGCUCCUGUCUCUUCUUGCUGGAGGCGGCCAUUUUGUCGAAGCCCAGAGUCCCCUGAGAAGAAGUUAAAACUGAAAAACUAAACCCUCCUAUCCUUUUUCAGCCAUGGAAGCGGCCAUCUUUGCUUCUGUUUGCAUGUGCAGCACCAUGGCAACUGCAGGGCAGGGUUGAAAACACAAGCAAAUGUGACAGUUAGCAAACCCAGCAUGCUGGGAAUGUAACUGUUUUUUUUUUAAACCAUUGAAUGGACGGGUUUAGUUCCGCUUUAAUUUUCAGGCUGGCAGCAGAUCGGCCGCUAUAAACUCGGCACUGUCCCGAAAAAAGAGAGAAACUGAGCAUGUGCAGAGAGAGAGAGACAGCGUAUUCGUCAAUUUUAAACAGUAUAGGCACUUAUUUUAAUUGUUUUUACAUAGGUUCCGGUAAGAGGGCUUUUAAUUUGAGGCGACGGCCCACUUGGGCGUCACCAGCAUUGGAUCACGCGAUAUUUUUUAUCAUCACAUUGGAGGAUUUGAUUUUUAGAAACAAUUAGAACCGAUAUAUAGAACGUUAUUUUGUUUUGUUUUUUUAAUAUCUAUUUGUAAUGUUAAUGUUGCACUCUUAGGAAUUUUUAAGUGUCACUAUAAAUGCGCCAAUUUAUACCGAAGCGUCUCAAAAAAGUUCAUUUAUUUCAGUAAUUCAAUUCAAAAGUGAAAUUCCUAUAUUUUAGGCCACGAGUCUACCAUAGAGCGCGACACCGAGACACCACCAUAGAGCGCGACACCGCAACUCUACCAUAGAGCGCGACACUACCAUAGAGCACGACUCUACCAUAAUGCGCGACACUAUCAUAGAGCACGAGACCGCGACUCUACCAUAGAGCACGACUCUACAAUAGAGCGCGACUCUACCAUAGAGCGCGACACCGCAACUCUACCAUAGAGCGCGACACCGCAACUCUACCAUAGAGCGCGACACCGCAACUCUACCAUAGAGCGCGACACCGCAACUCUACCAUAGAGCGCGACACCGCAACUCUACCAUAGAGCGCGACACCGCAACUCUACCAUAGAGCGUGACACCGCAACUCUAUUAUAGAGCGCGACACCGCAACUCUACCAUAGAGCGCGACACCGAAACUCUACCAUAGAGCGCGACACUACCAUAGAGCGCGACACCGCGACUCUACCAUAGAGCGCGACACCGCGACUCUACCAUAAUGCGCGACACUACCAUAGAGCACGAGACCGCGACUCUACCAUAGAGCACGAGACCGCGACUCUACCAUAGAGCGCGACUGUACCAUAGAGCGCAACUCUACCAUAGAGCGCGACACCGCGACUCUACCAUAAUGCUCAGCACCACGACUCUACCAUAGAGCGCAACACUACCAAAAUGCGCGACACCGCGACUCUAUUAUAGAGCGCGACUCUACCAUAGAGCGUGACACCGCGACUCUACCAUAGAGCGCGACACCACGACUCUACCAUAGAGCGCGACAUUACUAUUACUGAAAUAAAUUCUCUUUUUCUGAUGAGAUUCGCAUUUUUUUGGAGACGCCCCCGUCUGUGGAAUGAUCUGUGUGAUGUUCCCUCUGAUCUCUGUACGGAUCUGUUUUCUAUAUUUAUACAAUUUAAUAAAAAUAAAUCUGUUUU